AUGUCACAAAGACGUAAAGUUGAUAAACAUACGUACAUAAAAACAGAUCUGGAUAUAGCUCUGAUAGUAUCCAUAGCUGGAUGCUACUACUUCAACUCCUGCUUCGUAGCGAAAAUUAAAAACACCCUCAAACUCUGCCGGAUACUCUCCGAUUUUCGAACGUACGGCAAACCGAAAGAUUUCGACAAAGAAAACAAAAAACUCAACUAUUUUUCAGUCGUCUACCAAAUUUUUGGAAUUAUGGCAAUGCUGGCUAUUAUUGUAACGCCACUCAUGGAUAAAGGAAGGUGCGAGAAGGAAAAUAUCAGGAGAAACCUUGACGAGGUCUGCGGAAUCAUGGGAGCAGCAUGGUGGCCAUUUGAUUUUGGUAGAUUCCCUUAUAAACAGUUAUAUUAUGCCUAUCAAAUGUAUAGUGUCUCUCUCAUAUAUUAUGCGACCUCGACCACCUCAUUUACUAUCGUGGAAUUGACAGAACAUCUCAUCUUAAGAUUCAAACAUGUGAGACUUUUAUUUUUGGAAGCUCUGCAAUGCGAGAAUCCUACACACAGAAAAGAAUUUUUCAACAGAACCGUGCGAUACCACAAUGAAGUUAUGAACAUGGCCAUCAUUUACAAUAACUCUUUUCGAGUAUGUGUUUUUAUGAACCUAUUUUUCUCAGCUAUUGUCCUUGGUUGUCUCAGUUAUGCAGUGUUUGAGAAUUUUUCUCUAGGAGGAUUAUGUUUGUACAUAUUAUGGGCGACUUCUGUUGCUAUAGUGUGUCAUAGCGGUCAACGAUUGAUAAACGAGAGCACUGGAAUUGGUGAAACUAUAUACAACGCGAAGUGGUACAAUUUUGAAAAUAAUUUACAGAAGGAACUCUUGAUGGUUAUGAUGCGGAGUGAAAAGCCAGUAUAUCUUGAAGCUGGACCCUUUGGAAACAUGACGCAUGGAGUGUUAAUGACG